AAUAAUAUCGUAAGGCUUAGAGCUCGAAUUUAAAUUUCGCCGCGGAACCUUUAACUGUUGAAAGCACAUGCGUGGACUACUCACAUCAAUGGAACAACAUAAUUAGAGUUGCAAUGAAUUUAUCCUUUAAAAGCCGGUGCUAAUUAACUUUAAUACACGAAUGUAUUUUUCUCAGAGAGUCUUAAUCUCAACAUUACUUUUAGGCAUCAGUCGAAGAUUUUCAGUUGGGAAGGAAAUGUCGGGUGAAGUAGAUUCAUACGUGCCUGGGACUCAUUCAGUGGCUUAUGUCACAACUCCCAGCGAGGAAGUUGCAAAGAAGUUAGCACAUGGGUUGGUCAAACAGAAGCUGGCAGCCUGUGUGAACAUAAUUCCGAAAAUCACGUCGGUUUAUGAAUGGGAGGAUAAGAUUAAUGAAGAUGCUGAAGUUUUGAUGAUGAUUAAGACCAGAACUUCCAAAAUUGAUGCUUUGACCCAGUAUGUCAAGUCUAAUCAUCCUUACACCGUUUGUGAGGUCAUUUCUCUGCCAAUUGAGAAUGGAAAUGAGGCUUAUUUGAAGUGGAUCGGUGACAUCGUCCCGAAAAAAUAGAGUGCCAUUGAGGAAGAGUUCCAAGUCUGAUUUUGUUAUUAAUAAAUAGUUUUCAGUA